AUGGUUGGAUCACCUGCCACACGACAUCCUAAUGGAGCCCGCCUCCUCGCCCUCGACGGAGGCGGCGUUCGUGGCGUCGUCUCCCUCCUCAUAUUACAAGAACUCAUGCGCCGGGUCCAACUGAGAAAGAAGCUGGAAAAGGAGCCCCUCCCCGUGGAUUACUUUGAACUCGCAGCCGGAACCAGCACGGGUGGGAUCAUUGGCAUCAUGCUAUUCCGGCUUCGCAUGACGGCCACGGAGGCCAUUGCGCAGUAUGAUAUCAUUGCCGAGGACGUUUUCAAGCCCAAGAUUUAUGGCUGGAGCAUCGGGUUCCUUGGAAAUACGCUCUCCUCCUGGGUGAAUAAUAGCAAGACAGUGGUGCAGAGUAGUCGUUUUGACGACGCGUCCUUGGUCACGGCCAUCAACAGAGUUGUAGAUGAACAUGGCCUAGACAAGGACGACAAGCGGUUGAAGGGGGAGGCUCUGCUUCAACACCCAUCAGCUGGCAAGUUAGGCGAAACGGUUUUGAUGAAGACUUACAAGAACACCAACGUGUACACCAGUUCGACAGUAAACAACCUCAUGAAGAGCCACGGAAACGAAAUCACAAUGAGUCUCGCGACGAGGGCAACCUCUGCCGCCCCGACGUACUUCCCCGAAGUCCAGUGGCCCGCGGGUGCAGAGAAGCCGCUCACGUUCUGGGACGGAGGACUCUUGAACAACAACCCCAUCGAUCAACUGUGGAAUGCGCGGUACGACCUCGUCCAGCCGGGCGAAGCACAAGAAGGAGCCGAGGAGCCCAAGAUCUCGUGCGUGAUUAGUCUCGGCACAGGCUACAACAAGACCGAGUCUCCGAACGACUCUUGGUUCCGUCUCACGGGGGUCGCGGCGACGGUGAUGGCGUUCGCGACGAACACGGAGGCCAAGGGCAAAGACUUUUCGAGGCACAUGGCGGCGAUCAACGGCAGGCAAAAGGGUCCCAAGACGGCGUAUAUCAGGUUCAACCCAACGCUCGGGGAGAAUAAGAUUGGUUUGGCGGACUAUACCCAGAUGACGCUGCUGAAGGAGCUUACCACGAAGUACAUCAACCAGGCCUCUGGGAAUGAAUAUUUCGAGAAAGCGGUUGACGCGAUUUGCUGUUAG